AAUAAUCCCGGUACGCCAGUGGCGGCGGCGGUGCGGCAGACCGCGGACGGCGCGGGCGCGCGAUCCGCAAUGAGCGCCCGCCCUAACAAACUCUUGCGACUCGAUCACAGCUCGUAGCUAAGUCAUAGAAACGCCAAGAGUUACAUCUGGAGUUGCGUGUACAUGCUUUACAUCCGAGUUAUCGUCGCGAGUGCAAAAUGUGGUUUCAAAAGUGACAGUGUUUUAAAUAUUUGCCAAUCAACGUCGUCUAUUAACGAUAGAUGACAGUUUGUUGUAAUGCAAGUGCAAAUGUGUUUUGCUAAAUAAAUAUUUUUUAUGAAUUUUAUUUUCAGCCAUGCUAACCAUUGAUCACGUCUUGUUAUUUUAAAAAUAAUAAAGCGAUAGUGUUCUGUGGUGAUUAUUCUGUGCCAGUCAGUCUAGACAUGUUUUUGUUAAAGUGUAUUGUGAUAUAACUAGUGCCCAAAUAAUACGUCAAAAUGAUGCAAGGCUUGUUGGACUCGCUGUACAAAAUAUAUACAGAUUGGCGCGCACCGAUGGCAGACGAAUCAGAAGCGGCGAGGGCACGGCGCGCGCCCGCGCCCCCGCCGCGGCAAUCCACGCGCCCCCCGGAGCCGCGCCCGCGGAUGCAAUCGGACCCGCGUAUACAACCUGACCCGCGAAUACAACCCGAUCCGCGAAUACAACCCGAUCCGCGAAUACAACCCGAUCCGCGAAUACAACCCGAUCCGCGAAUACAACCUGACCCGCGCAUGCAACCGGACCCGCGAAUACAACCCGAUCCGCGAAUACAACCGGACCCGUUGCGGUUGCCGGCGCCCCCACGGUUAAUCAGGCCGUCAGAGCACCUUGCCAUUGUUGAACGGGCGAUGGAGCGCCGGCCGCCGCCCCUGGUCCCGGCAGUGACAGUGUUGCAGGGUCCUCGGCCUCCGCUGCCGCCGCCGCAGCCCCAUCCUCCGGUGUACAGGCAUGUGGCGCCACCACCGUUGAGGAUGCCAGCUCCUGCACAGCCAGUCAUGAGGCCGCCACCUAGGAGAGAUGUUCAGCCCCAACCGUUAGCGCAAGCGCCACUGGCGCUGCCGCCUCCGACCGCUGCGCCCGCGCCGCCAGCCGCGCACGCGUCGGCCCCGCGCACCAUCGUCAUCCAGCGCCCCGACGCGCGGCACGGCUUCGGCUUUACGCUCAGACAUCUUGUAGUGUAUCCGCCGGACUCGUUACAGGUGGGUGAUCUAUACGAAGAUGCGCGCCACCUGGCGGUGGGCGCGGUGGGUGCGCCAAUGGACACGAUCUUCGUAAGGUCGGUGAGGCCGGGCGGGCCGGCGGCAGCGGCCGGAUUGCGCGCCGGCGACCGGGUGCUAGCCGUCAACGGCGAGCCGGUCGCUUGCGGCCGGUCCCGGGCGCCGUACGCCAGGGUCGUGCAACUGGCGCAACGGGAGCCAAGAAUAUUGAGGCUGACUGUCGUGCCUAGGGACCACGAUUUAUUGCAAAGGUAUUUCAGCGAAGCAGCUUACAACCCAGAAACAAACCAGCGCCCGCUAGACAUGCCAGCGCCAGUCACAGAACACGAGUCGCGAUUGUUCGACGCCUACCGGAGGCCUAGGGCUGCGCUGCCGGCCCCCCAGGCACCAGCUCGACAUCGCGAAGACCCAGAGUACGCCAGUGUGGCGUCCCUGGCACCCUCUAGGUAUGACGCCUCGCGUCUACCUGGAUCACCGCAUUAUCUAAUGCAUGAUGGCAGACGGGAGUCGGAUACUUCACUGCCAUCAUCGGCGACAGAGAGCAAAGACAGCCUGGGAUCCUUCGACUCGAACUCCACCCUGACAGGGCGAGAGCUGGACGACUCGAUAAUCCUAUCGCGAAUACGAAAAAGUCUUGAACAGAAGGAGGCGUUCCUCCGACGGCCGAGUCAGCCCACCGGGUGGGUCACACCCGAUGCCCCACCUCCCAUUAAGCAGAAAGAGUUCUACGCCAGGCCUCAGAAGCUGCAGAAGCCAGCGUGGCCACCUCCCGCGGCGUCUCCCCCCCUCGCCGCGUCACCACCCCCUCAAGCUCCACCACAGAACCAGGACAGAAAAGAAGAAUGUUCUGCAAGUGUCGACAGUGGCACUUACAGCGGCUAUGGUGAAGUGAAUGGAGCUCAAACCGACAAGAACAAGCCGAAACAGGACAAGAGUCAGUUCGUGUCGACGCUGUCGAAGAUACAGGAGACGGCGCCCAGCAUUCAGAGCACGAAUGUGGGAACUGUCAGUAAUGGAGCCACGGAGAAUAAGGAUGAUCCUAACCAGGAGAACAAAUACCCAGUCCCCGAGCUGCAGCUAGUAACAGCCCGGACGCGGCAGCUAGAAGAGGCGCGCGGCGGGUGGUCGCGGCGCGAGGUGGCGCGCAGCGAGCUGGCGCGGCUCAGCACCACGCGACUGGAGCCCAGCGUCGCGCUGCGCAGGAAGGAGUUCGAGACCCGCGCUGCCAGGAGGGAGGCGCGCUCUCUGGAUGUGCAGCCUCAAGAACUAGAACACGAGUCACCACUAGGCGGCAGCUUAUCAGGCAACCAGCUGAUGAUCACCGGCAGCAAACACUUACAUUGCCCACCGCCAGACGGAUAUGUGCCCGCAGAAACAGAAAAGGUUCAAAUGCGAACAAGGUCGAAUAGUACCGGAAGUGAUGGAUUACCCAUUAGAAGACAUCAUGCCACAGAUGGCAGUCACGCGAAGCGACGAAUGGGCCUGAACAAGGAACAGAUGGAGGCGAUGAACCGCGUGUCGCUGGCCGCCGUCAACGGCGACCGCGCGCGGCCCACGCAGCUCAGCCUGGCGCCGCCCGCGCCCGACUCCUCGGCCUCGGCCGCCACCUCGCCGUCGCCGACGCCUAGCACGCCCGCCGACUCAGGUUUUGCCGAUGAUUUGGUGACUAGAAGACAAAAGAAAGAUGCUCAACUUGGUGCAGAAGAAGAACGUGCCAUGCGAAGGGUUUCCUACUUGAAAGCUACAUGGGGAGACCGACUGCACCUGGACAGCGACGUGGAACCAGAGAAUGACCCACAGGGCCUCAGAGGACUGCGAAAGUGGCGCCCCCCUCGGUUCACGGAUGACAUAACUCCGCUGCUGCGAAUAUUCGACCCGCAAGCUGUCCUCCCCGCGCGCACUACGAAGAAGGGAGAAGAAGAGAUAGCAGAGAAUGCAGUGGAGGCCACAGAGGGAGACGUGCAGGGCAAUGUGCAGAUCAAAAUGGUGGUCAGUAAUGGAAAGCGCGCGAGUGACAGAUCUUGGAAGCAGGUGUGGGCAGUGCUGCACGGGACCAAGCUGUACCUGUACCGACACCAUCCUAGUCAGAGCCCCGGCGCGGUCAGCGGCGGCGGCACGGAGGCACAGCCCGGCUCCAGAGACGCCCUGGACGUGCGCUACUCCCUGGCGGCCCUCGCCGACGACUACACCAAGAGGAAACACGUGGUACGGGUCACCACGGCCGCCGGCGCUGAGCUAUUACUACAGGCUGAAGGUGCAGCCGACGCGCAGCGCUGGUUGGCGGCGCUCAGGCGCCACUCGGCGGAGCCCCCGCCGGCCGAGCCCGCGCCCGCGCAGCCCGCGCCCGCGCCCGCGCCGCUACCCGCGCCCGACUGCCCCUCCCCACUCCCGCCACAACGCAGUAAGAAAAUCGGCAGGAACAGGUCUCCCACUGGCCCACCGACGCCAACUCUACCGUCGUCUCCGAAGAACAAGACGUGGAAGGGCCGCAUGGCGAAGCAGCUGCGGCGCAUGCACGGCGGCGCGGCGGCCGCAGCGGCCCCCGCCGCCGGCUGGCUGGGCGCGCCGCUCGAGCGCUGCCCGCACGACCCCGAGCACCCGCUCGUACCACGCGCGGUUACAUUACCUGCACAUGCCGUUGAGGCCUACGGUCUCCGUACAGUAGGAGUGUACCGGGUGCCCGGUAACGCGGCGGGCGUGGCGGCGCUGGCGGCGGCCCUGGACCGCGGCGAGCCCCCGCCCGCCGCCGACGCGCGCUGGGCCGACGUGCACGUGGCCUCCAGUCUGCUGAAGGCGUAUCUACGGAGGCUGCCCGACCCACUGCUCACUGCAGACCUGUAUCCCGCCUUCAUUGCUGCCGACCGGUCGCCCGAAAGAGCGCGGGAGCUACGUCGUCUAGUCCACGCACUGCCCGACGCACACUACGAAACACUCAAGUACCUGAUCCAACAUUUGCGCAAAGUGGUUGCGCACUCCGCCUACAACAAAAUGGAGGCGAGAAACUUGGCCAUCGUGUUUGGGCCAACGUUGGUCCGCGCGGCCAGCGACGACAUGUUGGCCAUGGUCAACGACAUGUCCAGCCAGUGUCGCAUCAUCGAGUCCUUCCUCACACAUUACGAUUGGUAUUUCGAGGAAGAAGAGGGUGAACCCCCCGUAGAUCCCCCCACCAGCGCGGAGGAGCUGUCCCCCGCGCCCGCGCCCUCUCGAGACCUGUUAAUACAUAACGUUAAGAAGAUAGAAGCUUUCCAUAUUCCAGGCAAGGACGUGUCGACGCGAGACAUAGUGUCCUCCAUCAUAUCGGCGGCCAACCGCAAGAUCCAGCGCAAGCCGCGCUCCAAGCCGGAGAAGAAGCUGGACGACAAGCGGUCGGACGUGUCGCCGGGGGGCUCGCCGCCCAGCUCGCCGCUCACCUCGCCGCCGCACCACCUCACCACCUCGCUGGCGGACUACGACGGCCUCAACCACAAGUACAGCAGGACGCAGGAUGGCAAUAAAAUUGAACUGGAGUCAAUGCAAGCGCUGGGCCGCGGUCGUCAAGAACUCUCGCGGCAUACUCACGCGCUCACCAACUUCUCAAUAGAUGGAACCGGAGACUUGGUGUCGUCUCUGACCAGCACGUUCGACCAGAAGUUGCGGACGCUGAACAACUCGUCCCCGCUCGACGACGGCAGCAUCCCCUACGCCGACGAGUGCCAGGACGAGACCGAGGAGGGCAAGUCCACCGCCAGCUCCCCGUCAGAGGGCGCCAGCGAGAGGGAGGAGCGACUGUCCCCCGCCGCGCGCGCCCACGAACUCAAGGCCGCCUGGCUGGCGCGGGACCACCGCCACUCGUCCUCGUCCAGCGCCGACGAGCCCGAGCGCGCCUGGCCGCGCCGCCACGCUCGCGAUGAUCCCGACGACUCGGAGAAGGAAAACUGCCCACGACGGGACGAGCCCGACUCUGCCGAGCCGGCCACCGAACCUGCGCCCCGCGAUAACAAGCGCAACAGUGCUGCGCUGGAAGCCGUGCCAGCCUCGCGGCCCGCUGAAGAAGAGGGCGCCAAGCUGAAGCGCUCGGCGUCCCUGUCCCGCGAGCCGGGAGCGCGCGUGCUGCGGUCGGAGAGCCUGAACUGCCGCGAGGCGGGGGCGCGGCCCGAGCGCCGCGAGCUGCCCGCCGUGCGGCGCCGGGACGCGGGCGCCUGGCGCUCCACCAAGCUCAAGCGCAAGAACGGCAUGCCCGAGCGGGGCAUCAAGCGGCGCCACACGGUGGGCGGCACCAAAGACUUCGACAAGGACGGCUGGUCGGCGCGCCACACGCGCACGUCGUCGCCCGACCUGUCGUCGGACGUGACGUCAGACCUGGCGGGGCUGGCGGACCUGCCCAGCGUGUGGCCGGCGCCGCUGGUGCCGCCGCCGCGGCCGCCGCUGGAGUCGCACGUGUGACGUCACACCAGCUCGGUCUAGGCGCGCGGCGGCACGUGGCCGAGGACUCGGAGUGAUGCAGUGGACAUUCACCACGGAUACGAAGUGUCGCGGACAGUGGCCGCGACCGACCCUAGGAUCGACUAUGAAAAGUACACGUCUUUAGUUUACGACCCUUCCGGUGCCUACCUGUUCGAGUGGUGCUGACUUGAUAUAGUUUUCUUUUGUGCUGACGCAGAACGAACCUUCUUAUGAAUUAGUUUGAAUUAUAUAACAAAACGAACAUAGUAUUCUACUAUUCUAAAUCGUCUAACAGAAGUCUGAUUUACAUUUAUCCAUUACCACGUCGAUACUAACAGUUCGAAACUUCAUUUCGAGAGAGGCUAUUAUUUGAUUCGAUUCAAUUGACUGAAUAGAUUAGGUCACAAAUAUCUAUCUAUAUUGUAUAAUAUUACGAAUGAUUAUAAUACUCAGAUUCGUUUACUUCCUUAGCAUGUUGACAAUUUUAAAUUCCAUGCGUAUUACAAGAUGAAAAUAAUUUUAUUAUCUCUAACUGAGGCGUAGGUUAUAGUUAUAAUAUUAUAUCUAUAAAUAAAAAGUGAUUCAAAUGAAAAUUAUGAAUUCAGUAGUGCAAUACAUUUUAAAAGCGUGGACUAGAUGGAAACAAUCGGUAAAACAAGAAUUAAAUCUAUUAGUGCAAGUCUUAACGAACUUAGCUCACUAAAUAAUGCCAAAGAAUGAUAUGAAACUGACAUAGUAACAGAACGCAUGCGCGGAGCGUAUCAGAGUGAAGGAACGAAUCGGUGAACGGAAUGCAAGGAUUAAGAUGGUGUCGCCCCGACGACACACGACUAUAAGAUCAAGGAGACAACGUCGCACUAUACUUACACUGUGAAACAUCGGUACCGACGAGUACCGCGGCCGAGAGCCUUCCACAAAUCUACAUUAUUUGUUUGUAGUGUAACUCCCUUUGUAGAUUUACAACUACUUUUUACGGAGUUACUGUGGAACUGUGAAGUUUAUGAGUGCAAAACUAAAUGCAUAAUACAUUAAAUUAGUGCUACUAGUAUGUAGUUAGAGCAGACAGAAAGUUAAUUAGCUAUGGUGCCUGCGGGCUUAAUAUUUAACUCGUAUGAUAAGUGAUGGGAUGUACCGGCGGUGCACGACAAUCUGACCACACUACUACAACACCACUUAGAUGUAAGGCGUAUACAUAAGGAUAUAUCGUAGGUUCUGGACUCGUAAUAGUGUUUAUUGAAUCAAUUAUUACAACAAGCAUACAUCACCUACUUGCCUUCGCAAUAGUUUUAGCUGAUUCGAUUUUUAUGCACAAUUCUCAAUUGUAAUGUUUAUAGAUAACUUGUAUGAAUUAAAGUUACCUUGUGUCACCCUUUGACAACAAAUUAUGUGAGUACGACGAUGAUUAAUUAGAUUAUAUUGUCAGAAUUUUGUAGAUUGUAAACGCUUUUAUUUCAAUUACAAAAUAUGAUGGAGGUGUUUAAAUUGUAAAUAUGAAUGCAAUACCUAAUAAUGUAUAAUGUUAAAGAUAUUCACUAUGGCGGUAACAAUAGUAACAUAUGUACGUGUGUGCCACCUCGGCCGAGUAACUGCUACUAACAGACGUAAACACUACAUUACAGUGAUAAUAAUAAAGUGAUCCCUCUUAGCUUUGUAAAAAUUGUACAUUUCUUUUAUCAUUAAUUUAUAUUAAAUUUGUUAUCGUAGCUUUGUUGAAUGCAAUUAUUUUUUAUUGUUUUGUUUAUCAAAGAAGUAUUUUAGGCUAAAUUCAAUUGUUAUUUAUUUGUGAGAGAUGUAAAACGUGAUUCGGCACAAUUUCAUUUUGGAAUAGAAAAUCUUGUAAAUAUUUUCGUCGGCAAAAUAAUGUUUUAGACUUUCGUUCUUUAACUUUUUAAAUUUUAUACCAUCUUUUACGUUAAGACGAUCUCAAGUUUGUUGAAUGUUUGCAAAGCGUUCCUUUUAAAGUUUUAUUUGUAAAUAUAUCAUUUAAUGUAGGAACAGUGAAUUUACUAAUUUUACUGAAUUACAUAUUGUACGUAGACGGUAGGUGGCAGUAGUGAGCCGCUCGUUUCAUAAUAAAAGACAUGUUUCAGCCGGGCCGGCUCGCCAGUGUCUGCUUGCAACAGAUUUGUAUUCAAAUAAUCUAUUCAUGUUCUUCGUGUAAUCAGCUAUGGAAUUCAAAUAAACACCUUUAAAGACAUUUGCAAAUAUGGAUGAAUCCACAUUUUCAAUAUUUGUCAUUGUGUAUAUUUUGGAGCAAUGGAAAUAAAAUAUUGAAUCAAUUUAA